AUGCAAAACGAUAAGGGCCAAGGUGUAUCGCACGCCACCGAUUCGUCGGUACCGCAGACAUUGCAGGAGAAGGUCCCCAAGGGUGUAGAGGAGAAGAUCCCCGACGCUGCACACAAUACUGGCAGCAACCCACAAACUGGCAAAGUCUCGCACGCCACUGGUGACUCCAAGGUCCCACAAGUCCUGCAAGAGGGACUGCCCGAGAAAAUUGAGAAGGUGGUGCCAAACAAGAUCCACGAUACCAAGGGAGCGGUGUUCAGCGAUGGCAGUGUUGGCAAAUAG